AUGUGGGGGAGACGGUGCAUCACGUCAACCAAGCGUCCGGGCGUAGCUACUACUACUCAGGCAUUAAUCCGCGGUCCCCCGGCGUCUUUUCUCCGUCGCCCCUCCCCCCCCUCCUCCCCCUCCUCCUCUGCUUUCUCUUCGCGUGCCUCGCAUCCUCCCCGCCGUCUUCCUCCCCCGUCGCGCGCUCGCUCAACCCGCUCGCUCAACCCUUCCGCUGUCCCAUACUCGUUUGCUAGGCAUUGCUCUUCGGAAUUCCGUGCAAUGGCCGCACAAGACAGAGAAAUUCUUCCCGACGUGGUGGCACCCGUCAACUACCAUGUAUCUUUGUUUGAUCUUGAGCUUGGUGGUUCUUGGGCCUACAAGGGGGCUCUCAAUAUAGAUGCCAGAGUCACCCGUCCCACCAAGGAGAUUGUACUGAACUCCAAAGAGAUCGAGGUUCAGGAUGUAGAGGUCUUGGGAAAAGAUGGAACCAAACUGGCAAAGGCAUCCGAUAUCACGUAUGACAAAAAGUCGGAACGUGUGGUUUUCAAAUUCCCGAAUGAACUCACUCCAUCCGACAUCGUGUUGUCCAUCUCCUUCACAGGCACUAUGAACAGUGCCAUGGCUGGGUUCUACCGAUCCAAAUACAAACCAGUGGCAGAGCCGGGUGCCGAUACCCCCAAGGAAGGCGAUUUCCACUAUAUGUUAAGCACCCAGUUCGAAUCCUGCGAUGCACGUAGGGCCUUUCCUUGUUUUGACGAGCCAAACUUGAAAGCUACCUUUGAUUUCGAGAUCGAGAUCCCCACAGGACAGACAGCUCUUAGCAACAUGCCCGUCGUGUCCGAGAGGGAGGGUAGCCGCCCUGACCUCAAGUUUGUCUCGUUCGAAAGGACUCCUGUGAUGAGCACUUAUCUUCUUGCCUGGGCCGUCGGGGACUUCGAAUACGUUGAAGCCAUGACGCAACGCCAGUACAAGGGGAAAAGCAUCCCUGUUCGCGUUUACACGACGAGAGGACUUAAGGAUCAGGCUCGAUUUGCUUUAGAGUGCGCUCACCGCACUGUGGAUUAUUUUUCUGAAGUCUUUGAGAUUGAGUAUCCUUUGCCCAAGGCGGAUCUACUUGCUGUUCAUGAAUUCGCCAUGGGUGCUAUGGAGAACUGGGGUCUGGUGACCUAUCGCACUACUGCUGUCCUUUUCGACGAAGGAAAGUCUGAUACGCGGUACAAGAAUCGCAUUGCUUACGUUGUGGCACACGAGCUGGCUCACCAGUGGUUCGGUAAUCUGGUGACAAUGGAUUGGUGGAAUGAAUUAUGGCUAAAUGAGGGUUUCGCCACCUGGGUCGGUUGGCUGGCUGUCGAUCACUUUUACCCUGGUAACGCCCAACAUCCCUUGAAGCCUGAAUAUGCCCCAACUAAUCACAUGUAUAGAAUGGAAUAUAUGGUCCCAGCUGAAGGCGUACAACAAGCAUUCCACCUCGACUCACUACGUGCUUCUCACCCAAUCGAGGUUCCUGUGAAGAAUGCCCUAGAAGUUGACCAGAUUUUUGAUCAUAUCAGCUACCUCAAAGGAAGCAAUGCUACCACCAAUGACCUUUGGUCGGCCCUCAGCAAAGCUUCCAAUCAGGACGUCAAUAGCUUCAUGGACCCUUGGAUCAGAAAAAUUGGAUUCCCGGUCGUUACCGUUGCGGAAGAGCCUGGGCAGAUAAGUAUCCGCCAGAAUCGCUUUCUUUCAUCGGGAGACGCGAAACCUGAGGAGGACGAGACAAGGUGGUGGAUUCCACUUGGGGUCAAGUCAGGCCCAAAAAUGGAAGAUGUAAACUCGGAUGCUCUCACCUCCAAGACUGCCACCAUUCAGGGUGUUGGACAGGAUACAUUUUACAAAAUCAACAAGGACCUCUCAGGUUUUUACAGAACCAAUUACCCGGCAGACCGACUAGCAAAACUGGGACAGUCUCUGGGACUGUUGAGUACUGAAGACAAAAUCGGCCUGAUUGGCGAUGCCGCUGCCCUUGCUACAUCUGGAGAGGGCACGACCGCAGCUCUAUUGGUUCUCCUUGAAGGUUUCAAGGAGGAAACCAAUUACCUGGUUUGGUCUCAAAUUUCCUCAUCCCUCGCAAAUUUACGCUCGGUCUUUGCGCAAAAUGAAUUGGCGUUGAAGGGAUUGAAGAGGUUCACCCUCGAACUGGUAUCUCCCGCAGUCGAACGGAUCGGGUGGGAAUUUGGACCAAAUGAAGACUAUCUCACUGUUCAGUUCCGGAAGCUCCUAAUUGGAAUGGCUGGCGUUGCAGGCCAUGAGAGAAUUAUCGCGGAGGCUAAACGACGCUUCCAACUCUGGGCCAAGGGAGAGGACAAGAGCGCUAUUCACACCAAUUUGCGCUCGACAAUCUUUGGCAUUGCGAUUUCGGAAGGUGGCCGGGACGAGUAUAUGUCAGUCAAAGAAGAAUAUCUUCAGACCGAUUCCGUAGAUGGCAAAGAAAUCUGUCUAGCGGCACUUGGGCGGGCUACAAGUGCGGAGCUGGUCGAGGACUAUCUGAAUUUCGUGUUUUCCGACAAGGUGGCCAUCCAGGAUGUACACAACGGCGCCGUUUCCCUGGCAGCAAACUCCAAGGCUCGGCACCUUCUAUGGCAAUACAUGAGAAACAACUGGGAAAUGGUCGCGUCCCGACUGUCAGCAAAUAAUGUUGUGUUCGAGCGCUUUGUGCGGAUGGGGCUUUCGAAAUUUGCCGACCACCAGAUUGGCUCUGACAUCGCUUCGUUCUUCGAGAAGCAGGACACGAGUGCCUAUGACCGCGCAUUAGUGAUUGUUUCGGAUAGCAUCCGUACGAAUGCGCGCUACAAGGAAAGGGACGAGGCACUGAUUUUGGAGUGGCUUCGAGCUCAUAAAUACGCCUGA